AUGAUUUCCUAUAAAUUAAGCAAAAAAGGAGUUGGCCAGACAAAAGUUAGAGUUUCUAGGAAUCAAUAUGUAUUUGAAUAUCCAUGUGGAACAUCAAGGAAUGAAUGCACUCUGUACACUGUUAAUUUUUCUCCAGGUGCAUAUAGGUUUGAAGCAUGGGGCUCCAUUGGCCAAAGCUGGGAUAAUAUUGCAAUACCGGGAAAAGGCAGUUAUACAUCCGGAAUUUUACAACUACACAAUUUUACGACAUUAUAUUUGUAUAUAGGAUCAAUCUCAAUAUUUAAUAAUAUGAAUAUUUCACAUAAUAAUGUUCAUUUAGGAGGUGGUUCUUCCGAUGUUCGUGUUUAUGUGAAUGAAAAUUUUGAUUGGUUUGACCCGGUAUCAUUACGAUCACGAAUAAUGGUGGCGGGCGGUGGAGGGGGCGCAGAAUGGAGAGGUACAAUAGCUGGGAAUGGAGGAGGCCUUGAAGGAGGGACUGGUGUUUCUGGUUGCUAUAACAAUUUCACUGUUUGCCCUGAAGUUUUUGCGACUGGAGGAUCACAAAAAUCUGGAGGUUUUAUUACAUCAGAUUUUUGGAAACAUGCCAAUGGUUUAUUCGGAAUGGCGGCCUAUGUGAAAAAUUCAAUUGAUCUUGACGGACUUGGAGGUAAUGGUUAUUGGAGUGGUGCAUCUUUUGAUUAUUCAGGCGGCGGUGGUGGUGGAAGCUCUUUCAUCUCAGGUUAUGACGGCUGUAUUGCACUUGAAGACGAAAAUUCUGAAGUUCCCAGCACAAAAAAUAGUUCCAUUCACUAUUCCGGUUAUUAUUUUGAAACUGCUACAAUGCAAAAGGGAAACACAUCAAUGCCUUUAUAUUAUAGUAGAUAUGCUUAUGGAAUCGGCAAUAAUUAUUCGGGAUGUAUAAGAAUUACUAUACUUCCUGAUUAUAACCUAUCCUGUGAAUGCAAUUUUUUGAAUAUGGUAUCAUUCAUGAUCCAUAUGUCUCUAUUAGUUUUUAAUAAUUAA